UGAAUUUAUGUGUACCAAGUACAAACAGGCACCCUUAGAGGUCAUAAGAGGGCAUCAGAUCCUCUGGAACUGGAGUUAGAGAUGAUUGUGAUCCCCUUUGUGGGUUGUGGGAAUCUAAUGUGAUCUUCUAGGAGCAGUUAGUACUCUUUACUGAGCAUCUCUCCUGCUCUUCUUGAUUUCUAGGAAUUAACUGGUAGAGGGUAACAGUUCAAAGAAAUCUUUGUUCUUGAUGAGAUCUGGCCUUUCCGUGUGGGUGGGUAGGCUGGAAUUACUAGCCUCAAACUCACGAUUCUCCUGUCUCAGCCUCGGGAGUACUUUUCCAGCAAGUCAUUUGAGUUUCAUCUUCUAAACUGCACGGAUAGCCGAGGCCUCACAUGACCCUGCAGCAGGUCCUGGAGACUGGUAUAGCUUUACUGCAAGGGGUUGAUCCGCUCCGCGCGGCGGGAAUCCAGCCCGGCUCUUGGGCCUUCCCAUCGCCGCGCUUGCGGCCGCCUCCGCGCUCCCGGGACCCGCAGGCCCCGCUGGGCGCGCGGCCUGCAGUCUCCGCACGUCGGCCUCCGCCCGCCCGCCCCGCCCCGCCCCGGCGCGCAUUUCCAUUUUAAACCGCCACCCGCCCCUCGACCGUCCGCGGCCGGCGGAGCUAACCGCGCGCCCGGAUCCCCGGAAGAGGCUGAGGCUGCGGGACCGCCGAGCUGUGCAAGAAAAGGCCGAGGGAUGCGCUUGGACCCUGCGCCCUAGACAAUGAAGCCGCGGGCGCCACCGCCCGCAGUGGGCCCUGCGCGCUCAGGCCGCACCUGCCGGCGAGGCGGGUUCCGCGCUUGAGCGCCCGCCGGGUCCCCCAUGGCUCGGCUCCCCGAGCGCGGACCCCGGUACUCGGGCCGCGUGGCGCGCGGGCAGGCGGACUCCAGGGGCGCUGUUCCCGCAGCCUAAGCGUGGGCCUCGCUGCGCGCGGGGGGCGUGGGCGCCGCUCCCUACCGACCAGGGCUCUGCACCUGGCCGGCUCUGCGCCCGCGGCGCGCGUCCCGACGGCCGGCGGCGCUGGAUGCAGUCGAGCCUCGGAGGGCGGCGCGGUGGCCGCGGACCCUGGGGACAUGUACCUGCUGGACGGCAGUGGCGAGCCCGCGUCGCCUCCCGCGGACGCGAUGCCCCGCAGGACGCCCCCCAGGAAGACGGUCUACCGCAUCUCGGUGACCAUGGUCAGGAAGGAGCAGCUGGCCGCUCCGACUCCGCGCCCCACACGGCGGCCGCGGCCUGCGCGUUCCCCGGACGCUCCUGGGCGGCUGGAAGAGGAGGCCGAGGAGGCGGCGGCUGAAGAUCCUGAGGCCGGGCCGCGCGCCUGGGACUUCCGCGCCUUCCGCACACGCAGCACCGGGCAGCUGGAGCUCGGGCGGCUACGGCCGUGCACACGCGGCGCGGAGCCUGCAGACCUGAUGGGCAGCCCUUCGGCUGAGCGGCCCAGCAGCCCCGACGUGGAGGAGGCUCGGGCCGCGCCCCUGCGGCGGAGCCUCAGCUUCAGGCACUGGAGCGAGCCCGAGGCGCCGCGGAGCCCUGCGCUGAGCGGCGGAAGGCGCCACAGCAGCUCCGGGAGCCUGGCAUGGGCGCCCGACGACGAGGUCGAGGCGGAGGCCUCCCCGGAGCCAGUGGCCGGAGCGCAGCCCGUAGCGGAGAAGCGCAACACCUUGGAUGUGGGCGAGGUGCUCAGCAAGAACGAUGCGCUCUCGGAUCUGGAGCGCUGGGAGCGCAGCAAGAGCAAGAACCGCACGCUGGACAACAGCGACCUGCAGCGGCUAGAGCGGGCGCGGGCCGCGGCCGCCGGCCCCGGAGCAGCCUCGGAGCACCGGCUGCUGCGCUUUUUCAGCGGCAUCUUUGCGCGUAGGGAUGGCGGGCCCUCUCCCCGAAGCGGCGCCCUGCGCUCCCGCGGUUACUUCAGCCUGCGGCGGGCCCCGGCCGACACGCAGUCGUCCAGCGCAGAGAGCAUCGAGGGGUCCCCUCGCAGAGAUGCUUUUGUGAACAGCCAGGAAUGGACUCUCAGCCGAUCUGUCCCGGAGCUCAAAGUGGGAAUUGUGGGUAACUUGGCCAGUGGCAAGUCUGCGCUGGUGCACCGAUACCUGACGGGCACAUACGUGCAGGAGGAGUCUCCAGAAGGUGGCAGGUUCAAGAAGGAGAUUGUGGUUGAUGGACAGAGUUAUCUACUGCUGAUUAGGGAUGAAGGGGGCCCCCCGGAGGCACAGUUUGCCAUGUGGGUGGACGCGGUCAUUUUUGUCUUCAGCCUGGAGGAUGAGAUCAGUUUCCAGACUGUCUACCACUACUACAGCCGAAUGGCCAACUACAGGAACACCAGUGAGAUUCCACUUGUGCUGGUGGGGACGCAGGAUGCCAUAAGUUCCACCAACCCGCGGGUCAUCGACGAUGCCAGGGCACGGAAACUCUCCAACGACCUGAAACGGUGCACGUACUAUGAGACGUGCGCCACCUAUGGGCUCAACGUGGAGCGGGUCUUCCAGGACGUUGCUCAGAAGAUUGUUGCCACGCGGAAGAAGCAGCAGCUGUCCAUAGGCCCCUGCAAGUCCUUACCCAACUCUCCAAGCCACUCCUCUGUGUGUUCUGCCCAGGUGUCAGCCGUGCACAUCAGCCAGACAAGUAACGGAGGCGGGAGUUUAAGCGACUACUCCUCCUCUGUCCCUUCGACCCCAAGCACCAGCCAGAAGGAGCUCCGGAUCGAUGUCCCUCCCACUGCCAACACCCCGACGCCUGUCCGGAAGCAGUCCAAACGCAGGUCCAACCUUUUCACAUCUAGGAAAGGGAGCGACCCAGACAAAGAGAAGAAAGGCCUGGAGAGCCGCGCGGACAGUAUCGGGAGCGGGCGAGCCAUCCCAAUUAAACAGGGCAUGCUGCUGAAGCGAAGUGGCAAGUCACUAAACAAGGAGUGGAAAAAGAAGUACGUCACCCUGUGCGACAACGGCGUGCUGACCUACCACCCCAGUUUACAUGAUUACAUGCAGAAUGUUCACGGCAAAGAGAUUGACCUCCUGAGAACCACUGUGAAAGUGCCGGGGAAGAGGCCACCCCGAGCCACGUCGGCCUGUGCACCCAUCUCCAGUCCUAAAACCAAUGGCCUGUCCAAGGACAUGAGCAGUUUACACAUCUCACCAAAUUCAGGGAAUGUCACUAGUACGUCUGGGUCUCAGAUGGCAAGCGGCAUCAGCCUGGUCUCCUUCAACAGCCGGCCCGAUGGCAUGCAUCAGCGCUCCUACUCAGUCUCCAGUGCCGACCAGUGGAGUGACGCUACAGUCAUUGCAAACUCAGCCAUCAGCAGUGACACGGGGCUGGGUGACUCGGUGUGUUCCAGCCCAAGUAUCUCCAGCAGCACCAGCCCCAAGCUUGAUCCGCCCCCUUCCCCCCACGCCAACAGAAAGAAGCACCGGAGGAAGAAAAGUACCAGCAACUUCAAGGCUGACGGGCUCUCGGGCACCGCUGAAGAGCAAGAAGAAAACUUUGAGUUUAUCAUUGUGUCCCUCACCGGCCAGACAUGGCACUUUGAAGCCACCACAUACGAGGAGCGAGAUGCAUGGGUCCAAGCCAUCGAGAGCCAGAUCCUAGCCAGCCUACAGUCCUGCGAGAGCAGCAAGAAUAAGUCCCGACUAACCAGCCAGAGCGAGGCCAUGGCACUGCAGUCCAUCCGUAACAUGAGAGGGAACUCCCACUGUGUGGACUGUGACACCCAAAACCCUAACUGGGCCAGUUUGAACUUGGGAGCCCUCAUGUGCAUCGAGUGCUCAGGGAUCCACCGGAAUCUUGGCACCCACCUCUCCAGGGUCCGAUCUCUAGAUCUUGAUGACUGGCCCAUGGAGCUGAUCAAGGUGAUGUCGUCUAUUGGGAAUGAGUUGGCCAACAGCGUGUGGGAAGAGAGCAGCCAAGGACGGACGAAACCCUCAUUGGACUCCACAAGGGAAGAAAAGGAACGAUGGAUCCGGGCCAAGUAUGAACAGAAACUCUUCCUGGCCCCACUGCCAUGUACAGAGUUCUCCUUGGGCCAGCAACUGCUGCGUGCCACCGCAGAGGAAGACCUGCGGACUGUCAUCCUGCUCCUGGCACACGGGUCCCGGGAUGAGGUGAAUGAGACCUGCGGGGAAGGCUAUGGACGCACAGCAUUGCACCUGGCCUGCCGCAAGGGCAGCGUGGUCCUGGCUCAGCUGCUAAUCUGGUACGGGGUGGACGUCAUGGCUCGAGACGCCCACGGGAACACAGCACUGGCCUAUGCCCGUCAGGCCUCCAGCCAGGAGUGCAUUGACGUGCUGCUCCAGUAUGGCUGCCCCGAUGAGCGCUUUGUGCUCAUGGCUACCCCCAACCUGUCCAGGAAGAGCAACAGCAGGAACAGCAGCAGCGGGAGGGCGCCCAGCAUCAUCUGAGCUCAGCCAACACUGCGCCUGGGAUCCCAUGCCCGCCUGCUCCGGGAGUCACAGCAUGUGAGUUCCUCAGUCCCUCCCUCUUCCUGGUGGUUACUUCCACCCACCUGCCACUCACACACCCCACAUGAAGUCUCCAAACCUGGACAUCCUCAAGGGGAGAAGAGGAGGAUGGAGGCCACAGAACCGAACCCUUUUCCCACACUCCGGAAGCAAUGCAGGAAGGACUGACAACCUCCCGACUUUGAGGAUAGCACACGACGAUGGACCCCUGUUCCACUGACCUGGAACCUGGGGGAGGGGUAGCAAGGAGAAGGGGCAGCUUCCCCUAACUGGCAGUUAAGCACAUCAGUACAUUUCACCUCGGCCAAAAGGAGGCUUGGAUUUCACAUCUUCUCUGGGGAGCUUGACGGCAUAAAUCAGAAGCCAGCACAGUUUGUCAGGUCUGAAGCCCCUAUGAUGGUAGGUGUCAAAUCAGUUGUAGCUAAUCUGUCCAGGGAGAAUACUGGCUUCAUUACACUUGUAUAGUCGAGUUCCUCCAGCAUUACCGCUGUUUAAUAGGACGUGAUUAGUCAUCACCGGGAAGAAGGCGUAUUAGCCGAGGAGGUAGUUACACGGCACGCUCCGGUGAUUGCCACGAUGUGAUUGCUGUGCGCUUAGAAGCAUCAUAUUAUCCCAGACAUGUCUCUCCAGCCCUUGGAGCCCUCCUUUCUAAAUUCACUGUCAUAAUUUAGUAUCUGUUUAAUUUUUCAGUCCAAAGAGAGGAAAUCAGUUGCUGGGUAUUAUUUGACUGCGAUCUCCUUCCUUGGUGCAAAAACAAAAUGGAAAAUAAAUAAAUAAAUAAGAAUAGCUGGGAAAUUCAAAAAGAAAUCAUGAAUCCAGCUGGAAAUAGCUUUUCGAGUAUGCUCCAAAACUAAGUAAAUACAUAUAAUGCUAUGGUUUUUUUUUUUUUUCUAAGAGAGAUUUUCUGUCCUUUGGCCACAGUGGAAGUAUCUGGCCUCAGUCACUCCCAAUCCACAAGGUCUGAGUUACCCAGGUUUCUGUCGCAGAGAAGAUGUGUGAAAAUCUAUUUGAAUAAAAGAAGUUGAUAAAUAUGCAUUGAUUUUUGUGCAGACAAAUGGCAGCUCUGUUAAUUUCUAAGUGGAGCUGGAUGGGCACCAGUAUUGUGCAACUAGCUGAGAUCGGAGGGAGACAGAGCAGUGCAAUAGGCAGUGCUCCCAGCAGCAAGCACUUCCGUGAGUGUGGCGCGCAGCUCUUGAAAAGGCGCUUAUCAGAACAAGAUGGUGGGACGAUUCGCUUAUUAAAGCCAGGAAGCAAAGGGGGACGAGUGGGAAGGAGCCUGUGAGUCCACAUCCCGAAGGCAGGAUGGAGAGCCGAGGCCACUCUUCCCAACCAAAAGCGAGGGGCUGUGGCAAGAAGGGGUGCUUGUCGGCACCCUGUGAGCAGCUGCCCACCAUUCUGGCACAGCUGGCUCCUAAGAGCCUGCAGACUCUGUGUGCUCCGUCCUGUCUGUUUCUAACGUGUGACUGAUUUGCCUUCGUGGGCCACAGUGUGCAUCAGACACCAGCCACCUUGGCACGGUGGUCAAGAACACCAAACUGUGACACUAUUUAGUUUAAAAAAAAAAAAAAAAAAAGAGGGGCAGCCUUGCCAGAGAGCCCUCGUGGCAGUGUGGCGGGAAGAAGGCCAUCACACUGGAAGACUGGGCAAAGCCACCCCCUGGCAUCCUGUGGAGAAGCUCCUUGCUCUCAUAUAUUGAACUUUAUAUUUUGUAAGAGUUUUUCCUCUUCUUUCACUUUUUAAAAAAAAAAAUUUAAAGUAGAUGGGAACAAAAGUAAAGCUUUAGACAGCAUUUCCAUGUGGGUGAGUGUCUCGUGGAGAUCUCCAGUCUCAGCGCGGCUGGGACUGAUCAGGAUCCAAAAAUGUCACAGGUGCAAAAGCCACAGGCCUGAGACUCCUGAGCUCAGUUCCACGAGCCCUGUGUUUGGUUUUUCAUCCUGCUCCUCAUCACUGUGUCGUUUCUUUCAGUGUGAAUAGAGAAAGCAAGCUGUCAUUGCCUAUUUUUGAAGAACGCAUUAGCACCCAGCCCUGCACUCCGCAUUCGCCUCCACGUAGCCUUUAUCAUAGACUUCUAUAGAGAACACAGAUAGAGGAUAAAUGAGAGUCUUAAAUUAUUUCAUUGUAGUUAAUUCCCACUAUAGGAGUGCUUUUAUCAAAGGGGAGCCUGCUUCAGAGGGGAAAUGGAGUCCUUCCUGAGGCUUCUCUUCGGGGUGUAUAUGAGUGUGUACAUAUUAUUAUGUUUAUAAUAUGAUAUUUUCCCGAUUGAUUCCUUGUUUCACGUCACCCUCCACUGUCGGAAUGCUCAGUUGCUCGCUCUGGCUGCCCCUCCCCCUCCCUCCCUCCCUCGGUCACUCUGACAUCAUCAGGUCUUCCUCAGAACACACAGCCCCUCCCCUGCCAGUUUUAGCUGUGCUGAACUGUCCAAGGGGCAGCCCCCUUUUCCCAAGCCUGAGUUCUGACCACAGGUAGAACGGUGGUGGUGGGGCCUCUAGGGUUCCCUGCAGAUGGAGGAGAGAAGCAGCCUGACCUGUGCCUGUAGUUCACCUUCAGACCCAGGGCCUCCCCUCAGUGAGAACCUUCUUUUUCCCAUUUCCAAGCCGACCACCAAGGCUGCGUGAAACCAGGAGCAGGGUCGUGGGGAAGGGAGCUGGGGUUUCUGGAAAGCUCCCCCACACUAGGCACUUGAUUGAAUGCAAAUCACUUUUUUAAGGAGCAUGUCAGAAUAAGGUAGUGGGACAGUGGCCCAGAGAAGCAGGGGAAGGGAAGGAGCAAGUGAGUUCUCAUUUUGGAACACAGCGUCAGAGCUGAGCCUCCUGUCCACCAGGAGCCAGGGCCUCCGAAGUAGCAGAUGUGAGGAGCCCACGGCAAGUCCCUGCAACCUUUGUGUUCAGGGUGAAUUUCCUCUUGUUGAGAAGUAGCCAGCUGGGGCCAGCAGCAGACUGGCCUGUGAGUUGUCCAUCAACUGCCCCGGGGGCAGUCUAGCCUGUGGCUACCCCUGCUGAACCCCUACUGCCCUUCCCCAGGCCUGUGCACGGUGUCAGGGCUGGGAAGUGAAGCCCUCCUUAUACUCCCCACUACUGAGAAAACCCCUCCAAAUUUUUUUUUGUCUUGUUUUCCGGAGAAAAGCCAAGCGCUACUUUCCUACGGCCCCCGACUGUCACUCAAACCGAAGGUGAGGCUCUCUCCUCCAGCCUUGUACCUCUGCUCUGGCUCCUCCACUCUCCUCCCUGCAGGUCCCGUGAGGCUGCUGGGAUAUACACACCAUCAGUGCCCCGUUCCCGUUAACUUUGAGGAUCUUAGCACCUCAGGCCUUGGGCUUCACUGCCCUACAAUCCCCAGAGGAGCUUGCUCAGAGUGCUUUGUGGCAUCUCCUUCUUGGUCAAGACCGCGGUUGGUGGGUUGUGACUGAACCUGGUGAACCAGGGACCUGCCGGCCCUAAGCCUGUGCUGUACUCUUAGUUGCCGAGGUUGCCACCAUCCUGCCCUGAACUCAAGCUGUUUUAUGGCUGAGAUGGGCGCUCUCUACCUCUCCUGGGGACACGGCCCACAGCGGCGCGGCUAGGAGGCGUGUGAUCAGGGCCUCCGAGCUACCAGCAGGGCAGAGGGUUUCAGAAGCAAGCCCAGGACUUUUGGUGGGCCUCAGCUUGUCUGUCUCCACCGGUCACACUCUAUAAAGUCCUUGAGGCUUUACUAGACCUCUGCCAGGGUUGUAUUUUGACUUUGAAACAAACAAAUUGAAAGGCAGUCAGGAAGGAAUUUGAGCUUCUACAGAGUUUCUCCCCCACUGCUCCUGUUGUGAAGGCACAGCUGGAGGUGAUUCCUCUCUUGUCAGUCUCUAGAAAGCUGUGGAGGCCAUGGGUGUCUCACCAGUGUGCAGCCUCCUCCACUGUGUGUGUCCCAUCUGCCAGGCCUGGCUCCCACACAGCGGGACCCAACUCUCUGCGCCUGCCCUGUUUGGGGGUCUUAAAAGCCACACUGAGGUAGAUGGGUUUUUAGCUAAAAUUUAACAUUUCUCCUUGAGAGGUGAGAGAGGGAGGGGGAGAGGCCCAGCCACUCUCUGCUGGUACCACAUCCAGGCAGCCACUAGUCCUCAGGCUUAGUCCCACCCCAGAGCUAAGAAGCAGCCACCUCAGCUCAGAGAAGCCAGCCCCAGAAGUCAGGGCUCAUCUCUUCAUGGGGAAAGAAACCGCUGACCAUCUGGGGCCUUGGUGUUUCCAGAUGCAAAGUCUUGCUGCUCAGGAGCUCCUGCCCAUGCUUUUGCAAAUGCUCAGAUUUCUGUUUAGUCUCUGUGCCCGCUGCUCCUUAAACAGCGGUUUGCACCUGGGUCCGAGCUGAAGAGAGAGCAUUUCACCAAUUCACCGUCGAUGACUCUAGACCACCCACAAAGCUUUGCGUCCUUCCCUUUCAGCAGGCCCGGGUCAGGCGUGUUAACAUGCCAUCAGCCCGGUGACUCCUUGCCCAAGGCAGUGCGCAGUGAGGGUCCAUGGAAUAGCCGGCCUCCUGUCCCUCAUCUCAAGAGGCCAAUUUUCCUAUAGAAGAGUAGUAUUUAGUUUGGGGUUUGCUCCUGUCUGGUCAAAGCGUUCUUCACUGAGGCCUCUCCCGUAGUGAGCCUCAGGUGAACUUGGGCACCCAGCACUGGCAGCCAUGCUAGGGUCCAAGCUAGUGGCCUUGGUGAGCAGGAGAGAAGUCAGCUCAGGGCUCGUCUUUGUUCUGCUGGGCACAUGGCAUCUGCAGGGGACCCCCUGGGGGUCAUGAAUCAAGCCAUAUGAUGGACUCUCCCACCAUAAGGGAGAACUGAUCUGGAAUUCUGUGUUCAGGGAAUCACAUAGCCUUCAUCUUGUUUCGGGUGAAAUGAAGGAACCAAGAGGUGUAAAUGGGUGGGGGGUGGGACUAGGCCCAGAGGAGAGCCCCGUGACACACUGCUGCUAGGAACAACCCUAAGAUCACUUUGUACCCCAGUGUCCAGGUGCAGGACUGUAUCCACACUAGCCCACGCUAACGUCUGGAUGUUAGAGAGGGCUCUCAACUGCUUGCAAAAAGACAAACUUAGCCAACUGCUGGUGGGUCUCGUGGACUCACUGAGGGCAUUGAGUAGAAAGACCCAUGUGGCCCAAAACAAUUGUCAACAGCCCUCUUAUCCACAGCUGAGGGCUCACAAAAUGCCUGACCCACGUGGCUCAUUGGGAUGGGCAGAGAAGGGACCGAGGACGCUGUGCAGUGCAAAUGUGGCUUCUGGUUCUUUCUUUCAUGUGCACAUUGUUCACCUACCAGGUCCUGCAGUUUUCUUACCAGGGCGGUGCGGAGGAUACCCAGGGCAGUUGAGUGGAGACCAGGCUGUUGUGUGAUGGACAGGCAAAAGAUACCUUUGAAACGUCCCUGUGACCAGACGGGAAAGACAGCUGCACCUCCCUGUUGAAAAUAACCCUUCUCUUAUAUGUAAAAACAUCCUUUUCCCUCCCCACACUGUGGGACCUUUUGUGUUUGAUUUUGAGGGGGCGGUGGUAGUGUUCUUCCAAACCCUGUCAGUUCUCAAGAUGAGAACUGGUCCUCCAGCCCUGAGCCUGGGGAACUGAGCUCCAGAAAGGCACAGAAGGUGGCUGGCCUCUUCCAACGGCAGAGGACAGAGCUCCCGGCAUCCUCUCUUGCCCUCUUCCCAUCCUUUCCCCUAGUCCAUCCUGAGUCCUCAUCUUGCCACAGCUUCUUUGCAAAGAGAAAACCCAGGCAAGGCAGGGCGCCCCGGCACAUAUCUGGGUGGGGGCAAAGAAGGCUACACAGAAGCACAGUGGGGGGGCUUCUCCAGAGGUGGGUGUCUGCCCGGGGCAUUUUGAUAUUACCUCAUUCCAUAACUUUAUGUUUCCCAGUGACUGAUGCUUUAUUUAUGCUUGUUUGUCCUGUAAUUAAACCAUCCUCAGACAUUUCGCUUUGCUUGUUCGGGUUAAAUAUGCUGGUUUGUAUUUUCCUGCCCUGGGAUUUUUGUGUCAGGUGUACAGUAUUCUGAGGGGAAAAGGAAAAGGAAAAGCGUGUAAAGUAACAGAGAGAGGUGGCUAUAGUGUAGAGACCUCUUUCUAAUAAAGAAAUGAAAAUAUGUA